AUGAGCCUCGACAUCAAGAUCUGCGGACUUUCGACACCGGACGCCGUCGACGCGGCGGCAGCCGGCGGCGCGAGCCAUGCGGGCUUCAUCUUCUUCGAGAGAUCACCGCGCCAUGUCACGCCGGACGAUGCGGCGCCAUUGGCAGCGCGGGCCAAGGCGGCCGGCGUUGUGACGGUCGCCGUAACGGUCGAUGCGGACGACGCCGAGCUUGACCGGAUCGUCCGGACGGUCCGGCCCGACAUGUUGCAAUUGCAUGGAAGCGAAAGCCCCGAACGGGUCGCCGCGGUCAGGGCGCGCCAUGGCCUGCCGGUGAUGAAGGCGUUCGCCAUUUCCGAUCGCGAUGACCUGAAAAAGCUGGACGCCUAUCGCGGCGUCGCCGACAGGUUCCUGCUCGACGCCAAUCCGCCAAAAGGAUCGGACCUUCCCGGAGGCAAUGGCGUCAGCUUCGAUUGGUCGCUCCUGGCUUCGCUUGACGCGGACACGGACUAUAUGCUGUCCGGCGGGCUCGAUGCCGGCAAUGUGGGCGAGGCGCUCGGGAUCGCCGGCCCGCCGGGGAUCGACGUGUCCUCGGGCGUCGAAAGCGCGCCGGGCAUCAAGGACGCGGGCCUGAUCGAGGCGUUUUUUCUGGCGGUCGCCGAGGCGCGCGAACAGCGGCAGACCGCCGCUUUGGGUCCUGACGAGCAGGGCAUGUUCGGCAUUUUCGGUGGCCGCUUCGUCGCCGAGACGCUGAUGCCGCUGAUCCUCGACCUGCAGGACAAGUGGAACCAGGCCAAGACCGAUCCGGAGUUUCAGGCCGAAUUGCAGCAUCUGAACACGCACUAUACCGGCCGGCCCUCGCCGAUCUAUUUCGCCGAGCGGCUGACCGAGCAUCUGGGCGGCGCGAAAAUCUACUUCAAGCGCGACGAGCUGAACCACACCGGCUCGCACAAGAUCAACAAUUGCCUGGGCCAGAUCCUGUUGGCCAAGCGCAUGGGCAAGACGCGGAUCAUCGCCGAAACCGGCGCCGGCCAGCAUGGCGUGGCCUCGGCCACGGUCGCCGCGCGGUUCGGCUUUCCCUGCCAUGUCUAUAUGGGCGCCACCGACAUCGACCGGCAGGCACCGAACGUCUUCCGCAUGAAGCUCUUGGGCGCCGAGGUGACCCCGGUGACGGCCGGAAACGGCACCCUCAAGGACGCCAUGAACGAGGCGCUGCGCGACUGGGUCACCAAUGUCGAGAGCACCUACUACAUCAUCGGCACCGCCGCCGGCCCGCACCCCUAUCCGGAGAUGGUGCGCGAGUUCCAGUCGGUCAUCGGCAAGGAGGCCAGGGAGCAGCUGCUUGAAAUCGAGGGCCGGCUGCCGGACAUGCUGGUCGCCGCCGUCGGGGGCGGCUCCAACGCGAUCGGCCUGUUUCAUCCGUUCCUCGACGACCGCAAUGUGCAGAUGGUCGGCGUCGAAGCGGGCGGCAAGGGGCUCGACACGGACGAGCACUGCGCCUCGCUGACCGCCGGUUCGCCCGGCGUGCUGCACGGCAACCGCACCUAUCUUCUGCAGGACGGCGACGGACAGAUCGAGGAAGGCCAUUCGAUCUCGGCCGGCCUCGACUAUCCCGGCAUCGGCCCCGAACAUUCCUAUUUGAAGGACACCGGCCGCGUCGACUAUGUGCCGAUCAUGGACACCGAGGCGCUCGAAGCCUUCCAGCUCCUGUCGAAGAUCGAGGGCAUCAUCCCGGCGCUCGAACCCAGCCACGCGCUCGCCGAGGUGAUCAAGCGCGCACCGAAGAUGCGCAAGGACCAGAUCAUCGUCAUGAAUCUGUGCGGCCGCGGCGACAAGGACGUCUUCGCCGUCGGCAAGCGGCUGGGAUUUGAGAUGUGA